CCUGCUGCUGCUGUGGUUGGUUGGUAGGGGGAGUUGUUAGGGGAUGGUGGGCCGGUGUAUCGCGUAUCUCGGCUCGGCUCGACUCGGCUUCGGGGUGUCUUGCUAGCAGUCGAUCGUCAGGCAGUAUGCGACACUGAGGGGAAUGAAAAAGGAGAGCUGUGAUCGCUGCGGCAGCUGCUUCUUGUGACAUCUUUCUGAAGACAGUGAGUAGCUAUGGCUGAACAAGACCUUUGUCCCCACCUGGACUCCAUAGGAGAGGUAACCAAAGAGGAACUCCUCCACAAAUCCAAGGGAACCUGCCAGUCAUGUGGAGCAGGUGGUCCUAACCUGUGGGCCUGUCUGCAGAAUGAUUGCCCAUAUGUUGGCUGUGGGGAGUCUUUCUCUGACCACAGUACCCUGCAUGCACAGUCAAAAAGGCACAACCUGACUGUGAACCUGACAACGUUCAGAAUCUGGUGUUAUGUGUGUGAAAGGGAGGUGUUUCUGGAGCACCGGCCUGCCCUGGUGCCUGUACCUGCUGCUCCCCAUCACUGUAAAGCUUCAGAGCAGGAAGGAGCUCCUCAGCCUGUGAGUCAUCCACUGAAGGCAGUACCGAUCGCUGUGGCAGAGGAAGAAGGUUCAGAGUCGGAGGAGGAUGAGCUAAAACCCAGAGGCUUGACUGGGAUGAAAAACAUCGGAAACUCUUGCUACAUGAAUGCUGCUCUUCAAGCUCUGUCCAACUGUCCUCCUCUCACUCAGUACUUCCUGGACUGCAGUGGAUUGGUCCGCACUGAUAAGAAGCCUGCUCUCUCUAAGAGCUACCAGAAACUCAUCUCAGAACUCUGGCAUAAAAAACGGCCCAGCUAUGUUGUCCCUACCAGUCUGUCUCACGGCAUCAAACUAGUAAACCCCAUGUUUCGCGGUUACGCUCAGCAGGUAGGGGCAAGCAGCCAGCAGGACACUCAGGAGUUCCUCCGCUGUCUGAUGGACCAGUUACACGAGGAGCUGAAGGAGCCCCUGACUGAGUGCAGCAUGAACGGCGACGGUAGUGACGGCGAGGACAGAAGAGAUGGCGACCGCUCGCCGUCCGAGGAUGAAUUCCUGUCGUGCGACUCCGGCUCCAGCAGUGACCGGGGUGAGGGAGGAAGUGUUGGUGACAGUGAGCUGCUUGUGCAGGACGAGUGUGACGGAGUGAGGUCGCCGCCUGUUGGGGUGGUGGAUGUCAGUCCCGGCGGGGUCAUCUCAGAGAAGGAGAGGCAGAAGGAGCAAAGGGUGUCUGGCUCGUCGCUUCAUGGAGGCUUGCAAGAGAUGGAUGAGGACGCUGAUGUGGAUACAGCGGCUGCUGCGGAGGAGGAGGAGGAGGUUCCCGAGCGGGGAGAGGAAGAGGAGUCGACACCAACUCCAAACACUGAGGUUCAAAACCAAGACAACAACCAGACGUCUAAUACCGGACCAGGCCAAAGCAUCAACUCGUCAGAGCCCGACAAUGAAGCAUCAAUGACCCAGCCACAGUCCACUCCCUGCAGUCCUGUGCGAACACUUCAGGAGCUGCACACCAAACUGUCCUCCAGUCCGCCUCGCUCCAGCCCGCUUCGCUCUGCAGGACCUGUGUAUUCUUUCAAAAAAGCUCAACUGCUGCUCAGUGCCAGGAAGAAGAAGCAGUCCCACUAUCGCAGUGUGAUCUCUGACAUCUUUGACGGCUCCAUUCUCAGUCUGGUCCAGUGUCUAACCUGCGACAGAGUGUCCAACACAGUAGAAACCUUCCAAGACUUGUCCCUCCCCAUACCUGGUAAAGAGGACUUGGCCAAGCUGCACUCCUCCAUCCAUCAAAACCUUCCAGUCAAGACGGGCGUUUGUCCUGACACUUACGGCUCGCAAGGCUGGAUCUCCUACUUCAUGGAUUCCAUACGCCGGUUUGUAGUCUCAUGUAUCCCUACUUGGUUUUGGGGGCCCAUGGUAACACUAGAGGACUGCCUCGCUGCCUUCUUUGCCGCCGACGAACUCAAAGGGGACAACAUGUACAGCUGUGAGAGAUGUAAAAAGCUGAGAAAUGGUGUCAAAUAUUGCAAAGUGCUGCGACUCCCUGAGAUUCUGUGCAUUCACUUAAAACGUUUCCGGCAUGAGGUCAUGUAUUCAUUCAAGGUUAACAGUCAUGUAUCCUUCCCGUUGGAGGGCCUCGACAUGCGACCUUUCCUGGCUAAGGAGAGUCCGUCCCAAGUCACCACUUAUGAUCUGCUAUCGGUCAUUUGUCACCAUGGAACAGCAGGAAGUGGACAUUACAUCGCUUACUGUCAGAACGUGAUUAAUGGCCAGUGGUAUGAGUUUGACGACCAGUAUGUCACAGAAGUCCACGAGACAGUGGUGCAGAAUGCCGAGGCUUACGUGUUGUUCUACAGGAAAAGCAGCGAGGAGUCGGUGAGGGAGAGGCAGAAGGUGGUUGCUUUAGCCAAUAUGAAAGAGCCCAGUCUGCUGCAGUUUUACAUCUCCAGAGAAUGGCUCAACAAGUUCAACACCUUCGCCGAACCGGGCCCCAUCAGCAACCAUACAUUUCUUUGUCAGCAUGGCGGGAUCCCUCCUACUAAAUACCACUACAUAGAUGACCUGGUUGUGAUAGUCCCCCAGAAUGUGUGGGAAUACCUUUACAACAGUUUUGGAGGCGGACCUGCAGUCAACCACCUUUAUAUGUGUGCCAUCUGUCAGGUGGAGAUAGAAGCUCUGGCUAAACGUAGGAAAAUUGAAAUCGACACCUUCAUCAAGCUGAACAAAGAGUUUCAGGCUGAAGAGGCUCCGACAGUGAUCCUGUGUAUCAGCAUGCAAUGGUUCAGAGAGUGGGAGAGUUUUGUGAAGGGCAAAGACAAUGAGACGCCGGGUCCCAUCGACAACAGUAAAAUCGGUGUCAUGAAAGGAGGACACGUACAGCUCAAGCAAGGUGCAGAUUAUGGUCAGAUCUCAGAGGAGACAUGGCAGUACUUGUUGGGUAUUUAUGGCGGUGGCCCCGAGAUCGCAGUGAGACAGACGGUGGCUCCGGUCGACACCGACAACCUUCACGGAGAGAGGAAAAUUGAGGCUGAGACCAGAGCACUUUGAGAGGGAAAGAAAGAGAGGUCCUCUGAUUCCAUUUUCCACUUCUGCCCUCACAAGAAGCUGAGGAAUUUGCACCCUGGUGAAGAAAACCUUGUUGUGAGCACUUUGUAAAUGUAGCAACAUCUUAUUGCCGAAUCCCAACAGGACAGCUGAACAGACACUUGACUAUCACAUAGUUUAUUUAAUGGAUAACUCUGAUCCUCGGUGUUAAAGUGUGAUAAUAAAGUGUCUCGUCAGCAUCCCUGGUUGUAUUUGGUAGCUAUGGUGUUUCAGUGACUGCUGUGUAGGUGUCACGUUCAGCUCUGUUGGCAGCUGCUGUGUCCUGAACCAUCACGCUGGUGAGAAGAGCACUGCAGUGUGAGGUUUGGUUUUGACAUUUCCUGUUCACUGGAAAGACAACAACAAGACUUUGAACAAGAUUUUUCUGUUGUUUCCUAGUUACACAGAAACAAGUUCAGACAUCAAGUCAGCAAUCUUGCAUAAGUCAUUCUCGUGCACCUCCAACUUUAAAUAUGCAUACACCCAGCCCUCAGGAAUGGAACUUUAGUUUUGUUUACGCCAAUCAAGUUAUCUUUAAACUUUUAACUUUAAAAGAACUGUUUUCACCAACGAGAUAUAUAUAUAUAUAUAUAUACAUACAUAUAUAUAUAUACACAUACGUGUGUAUAUAUAUAUAUGUAUAUGUAUAUAUAUAUAAAAUCAAGCACAACAUGCACACAAAUUACAACAGUUAUGGUUAUUUAUGAUGCUAUUUGUUAUCAGAUAAUCUUAAAAAUAAAGCUCUAGCCUGAGGCAACACUAGGUGGCAUGUGCUUAUUUAAGUUUCUGGAAAUCGUUACACCAAUCUUAUCCACUUGAGGCGUCAUAUCAUGUUCACAAAGCUGUAUUCCUUAUUAUUAUUAUUAUUAUUAUUAUUAUUGUAGGUUCAAACAUGUUCCACUGCCUCACAGCCAACAAAAUUCUCCUAUACAUUUUUUUAUUUAUUCUACAUAAUAAUCAGUGCAAGCUAAAGGUCAACAACAAGCUCAUGUACAGUAGACGAUACAAGGGUAAUUAUCAGACGAGCAGCUUCAACUUCCUUAUGGCAAUAUAUUUCACAAGGCAUAUAGAGAGAGUACAUCAAAAACAUCCAGGACUUUUUAAACACACAUGUUUUGACCUGUCAUAGCUGUCAUUUUCAUUGCAAACAAUUAGCAGGGUGGGCCACACGGUGAUGCAGCGGCUACCAUUGUUGCCUCACAUCAAGAAGGUCGCCAGUUUGGAUCCGACCGAGGGCCUUUUCUGUGCGGAGUUUGCAUGUUCUUCCCAUAUGUGUGUGUGGGUUUCUUCACAGAGUUCAAAAACAUGCAGAGUUUAACUGGAAAAUUGACAGUAGGUGUGAAUGUGAGUGUGAAUGGAUGUUUGUCUCUGUAUGUUGGCCCUGCAAUGGACUGGCGACCUGUUCAGGGUGAACUCGCCCUAUGUCUGCUGGGAUUGGCUCCAGCCCCUGUGACCCUCAUCUGGAGGUUAAAGUGGGGAUAAAGUGGAAGGCAGCCUUUUCGUUUCCAAAUUGGUUGGUGGUUUUGUGGUGAAUUGUUGACAAGUUUUGUUUGUUUGAUCAGUAGAAGAAGCUGUAAAUACUAUCCCGACAACACCGUCAAACCACUGCUUACACAUUCAGCACUUUUGCUUGAAGCUGUGUUUUUGGCCAGGUGAUGAAUUUGAGUCAAUCUUAUCGUCUUAUCAGACUAUCUUUGGCUAAAUGUUCAACCAUGUUCACCAGCAAACUGUCUGGCUCGCCGUGUCACUCUGCUAGUGGGAAAUGAGUAGGCACAGUUUGUGUUUUGUAAAAACGGCCACCAGCCUUUGCUGUAAAUAUUGGUGUGAAAAUUAAGCAGUCAUGGGGACUGGGGAAAGGUGAAGUCAGGAUUUAUUCGGUAAAGGCUUCGUGGCACUGGCACGUGGUCUGAAACAGAGAAGCACAGUAGAAUUUGUGUUACCAGUGAGAGAAAGUGGAACAUUCUGUGUGGAGGAAAGGCCAGGUUCUAUAAGCUGUUGAUAAGGAGAUAAUAAGUUGCAGGUGUGCAGCCAUGAAGUCUCCAGCCAACACAAGCCACAGGGGAAACCAGCAGUCCAUAUUGGAACAAAAGUUACUAUAAAUAUUCUCAAAGCCAAGUAGAGCUGCAGAUUCAAGUAACUAAUGGUUUUCAAAUAUUAUAAAAAAAAAUAUUGAUUAUGCCUGUUUGUGCUGCAUCCUUGCAAAUAUUCAUUUGGCAGAUCCAGUAGUUUCAGUACAUUUUCCAAUGAGAGUAUUUUCAAGAACUGUCACAGAACUGUACUCAAUUCACCUAUGUCCCUAAGAGACUAUUUAAAAAACUAAACUAAAACUAGCAUUAUAUAUUUUCACCUGAAACUUUCCAGCUAUGACUUGUCAAAACAUCAGUUUGGGCUCUUGUCAUCUAUUUAGUUUGUUGAUGUGUUCAAAGAACAAUGAAAACGUGGGUAAUCUGUACGUGUGCUAUGUUAAAAACUUAGUUUGGGAGAAUAUGUGCAAUGAAAAAACAAAGGCCUUGUGCUAUACUUGUGCAAUCUUAGCUCUAUCAUCAGAAAUACUGGACAACUCUCAGCACAGCUGGCAGGGAAACCUGGUGCAGUGCAUCGCAGCUUAUUAUAUUGCAGUGUUAAGAAAAUAUUGUCCUCCUGUGAGUUUCUUUUCUUGUGUUACAGCUCAUAACUGUGUGUGUGUGCGUGUGCACGCGUGCAAGAUUUCCAUUUCAGUGGGAAAUACACGGAUUGUUGUGGUAGGACAAAGUUCAUCAGUGGCAUCGGCCUCUCCAGACUGGCUCAUGUUCACUGGCACAUACAUCUUUCAGUACGUGCUCUGUAUGAUACUGGGGACACUUUGAGACAUGGUGAUUACGUGGUUGACCUCAAUUCAGUAUGUCUUAAUGUCUGUGCAACUGAUGUAAAUAAUCAUGACUGGUUAAAUUAUUAAAAAAAAAUGCCUGAUCUUUGA